UUCUUGAUAUUAUAAAAAAAGUUGAAUUGAUUGAUUUGCUCAGGAGAAAGAGAAAAUUGCACCUCUGUGUAUAUAUACGCAGAGAUACAGUGUAGUAAAUAUAAAGGUGAAAUCACAGGCAGAUAAGUAGAGCUAGUUCCUUUUUAUCUCUGCUUGAUAUGCACAGGCAUUCAUCCGUGCUUCAGUUUGAAUAUUCGCUCGGAAUUGCAGGCCAUUCGUGUAGCUGAGCUUGAAUGAGGUGAAACCGUGAAAAUAAGCUUCAUCUGUUGGCCAAAGUCGUUAAGUUGUGUGAAUAACAGAUUACGGGUGCCUUUUUGGUGGUGAAACUUGGUAUCGGAAGUUCGAGGUCGAAGCUUUCUUGUGAUUAUGGGUUCGAGUUCGUUGAUUGAGUGAAACCGAGAUCUGAACUGGGUAUUUAAGGUUUUGGGAUUUUGGUUCUGGGUAUCAGAUUUUUGGAUCUUAAAGAUUCGUGUUCUUUGAGGAAUUUCGGGCUUAUAAAUUGGAAAUUUCUCAGUUAAAGCUAAAAGAUUAGAUUUUGUGGUGGGUUUUGAGCUGAAAUGUGGUUGAUGAUGGGUUCAAGAUUUGGCAUAUGAAUUUCUUGGAAAUGAAAUUCUGUGCCUGGGGGUGUUUGGUGAAGAAUAUAAAGAGCUGAUGAAGCUGAAUUUUUUUGUGUUUUGUAGUAGAACCGGUUUUGGUUGAAUAUAUAUAUUUACUGGGAAAGCUAAAGCUAAAUUUACCUAAAAAUAUUCAUGUGAAAUUAUUUCCUAAAUUUUCUUGCACCAUAUUUGGUAGUUUGGCAGUGAAGGGGUGGGGUGGGUAUAAAGUGCUAUGUCUGCAUGCGUUGAAGUUUGGUGAGUUAUAGAGGCCAAAUUUGGGUUGAAAAGGGCAAUUUUCUUUCUGGUUCCAUCCUUUACUGUUGAAUCUGCAGCAAUGAAGCCCUCUUCUGCUGGUUUAAAUCAGCAGUCUCCUGAAGGUGAUAAGAAUUGUCUGAAUUCUGAACUUUGGCAUGCCUGUGCUGGUCCUCUUGUUUCUCUACCUGCUGUUGGGAGCCAUGUGGUGUAUUUUCCGCAGGGUCACAGUGAACAGGUUGCUGUAUCAACCAACAAGGAAGUUGAUGCACAAAUACCAAACUACACGAGCUUACCUCCACAACUAAUUUGUCAGCUUCAUAAUGCAACCAUGCAUGCUGAUAUAGAGACUGAUGAGGUUUAUGCACAAAUGACCUUGCAACCAUUGAGCCUACAAGAGCAAAAGGAUGUUACCUUCCUUCCUGCAGAUCUGGGCUCCUCCAGCAAACAGCCAACGAAUUACUUCUGCAAAACAUUAACGGCGAGUGAUACUAGUACUCAUGGUGGAUUUUCUGUUCCCCGCCGGGCAGCUGAGAAAGUGUUUCCACCAUUGGACUUUUCCCAGCAACCUCCAGCUCAAGAGUUGAUUGCACGGGAUCUGCAUAACAAUGAGUGGAAAUUCAGACAUAUUUUCCGUGGUCAGCCAAAGAGGCAUCUUCUUACUACUGGUUGGAGUGUGUUUGUCAGUGCAAAAAGACUUGUUGCGGGUGAUUCAGUCCUUUUCAUAUGGAAUGACAAGAAUCAAUUGCUUCUUGGUAUUCGACGUGCCAAUCGCCCACAAACUGUCAUGCCUUCUUCAGUUUUGUCGAGCGACAGCAUGCAUCUGGGGCUUCUUGCUGCUGCUGCACAUGCAGCUGCAACAAAUAGUCGUUUCACCAUAUUUUUCAACCCAAGGGCUAGUCCAUCAGAAUUUGUUAUACCUCUGGCCAAAUAUGUAAAAGCAGUUUAUCAUACUCGAGUGUCUGUUGGUAUGCGCUUCAGGAUGCUGUUUGAAACAGAAGAAUCUAGCGUUCGUCGCUAUAUGGGGACCAUAACUGGCAUAAGUGACUUUGAUCCUGUUCGGUGGCCAAAUUCACAUUGGCGAUCCGUGAAGGUUGGUUGGGAUGAAUCUACAGCUGGUGAAAGGCAGCCUAGGGUCUCCCUAUGGGAAAUUGAGCCUUUAACAACAUUCCCCAUGUAUCCAUCACCAUUUCCCGUGAGACUAAAGCGACCAUGGCCACCGGGACUUCCUUCGUUCAGUGGGAUGAAGAAUGAUGAUAUGGGAAUAAAUUCCUCUCUUAUGUGGCUCCGUGGAGAUAUUGGGGACUGUGGAAUGCAAUCUUUGAACUUCCAAGGAAUGGGAGUCACGCCAUGGAUGCAGCCAAGGCUUGAUACUUCAACACUUGGCAUGCGAACUGACAUGUACCAAGCUAUGGCUGCUGCUGCUGCUGCUGCUCUUCAGGAGAUGAGGGUUGUCGAUCCUUCGAAACAGAUCCUCUCACCACUUGUCCAGUUCCAGCAACCCCCAGCUGUCGCUAGCAGGACUGCAGGUUUGGUGCAGUCUCAGAUCAUGCAGCAGUCUCACUCCCCUUCUCCCUUUCUUCAAACCUUUCAAGAAAGCCACCCUCAGGCAUCUCUGCAACAACAAACUCAUCAUCUUCAGCAGCAAUUGCAGCAUCAAAACUCUUUCAGUAAUCUACCGUUCCAACAGCAGCAAUUAAUUGAUCCUCAGCAGGUUUCAAGUGCCAUACCUGUCCUAUCUCAAUUUGGUUCAAACUCUCAAGCCCUGUCUUCGGAGCGACAAUCCAUUUCUUCCAUGCAUCCACAGAACUUUCUGGAUUCAAAUGUCAAAACUGUCACUAGCAAUAUUAAUUCUCCUCUUCACAGUCUAUUGGGUUCAGUCUCCCAGGUUGAGUCACCCAACCUUCUUAAUGUGCCUAGAUCAAGUGACUUGUUAUCUUCUAGUGGUUGGCCCACAAAGAGGGUUGCCAUCGAUCCUCUUUUUCAUUUGGGAGUAUCUCAGGGUAUAUCGUCAGAUCAGUUAGCACCGCCAAACACUAAUGUAUCUCAAAAUGCUGUUUCUUUGCCCCCGUUUCCUGGUAGGGAGUGCCUUAUGGACCAAGAAGGAAGCAACGAUCCCCAAAAUCACCUUCUAUUUGGAUUUAAUAUGGAUUCCUCUUCCCUCCUCACACAGAAUGGGAUUUCAAAUCUUAGGGGAGUUGGCAGUGAUUGCGAUAAUCCGACUAUAGCAUUCCCCUCUUCCAACUACUUGACUAGCACUGGCACUGAUUAUUCACUUGACCCUGCAGUAACUUCUUCCAGUUGUAUCAAUGAGUCGAGUGUAAUGCAGUCGUCCAAAAGCAUGGGGCAACCGGACCCAUCUUCCAAAACCUUUGUUAAGGUUCACAAGUCUGGGUCCUUCGGAAGGUCACUAGAUAUGACCAAGUUCAGCAGCUAUCAUGAGCUGCGCAGUGAGCUUGCACGGAUGUUUGGCCUUGACGGCCAAUUGGAGGACCCUUUGAGAUCAGGCUGGCAGCUUGUAUUUGUGGACCGAGAGAACGAUGUACUUCUCCUUGGCGAUGACCCUUGGCUGGAAUUUGUAAACAAUGUAUGGUGUAUCAAGAUACUCUCGCCACAAGAGGUGCAAGAGAUGGGAAAACGAGGCUUGGAACUUCUGAAUUCUGUUCCUAUUCAGAGGCUUCCGGGCAGCAGCUGUGAUAGCUAUGCAAGCCGGCAAGAGUCCAGGAAUAUGAAUGCGGGGAUACCAUCUGUUGGUACUCUUGAUUUUUAGAACUUUACCAGAAAACAAGUCUUUUGUAAUAUUAGCAUUUCUUCCUACAACUUUUGGUGGGAUAGAAUUUCUUGCUUCUUGCUUGAGCCAUUACAUGUAAACUGUACUGGUAAUUAUUAUAGCAUAACGUCGUCUGUUUUUCCGUCCUGAAAUACAAGAACCCGUGUAUUUUAGGACUGUAGUGUCUGUGAAUUAAUUGUAGUUUUUUUUAUCAUGCUGUAGUCUAUUUAGAGUUGAAGAAAUGUUAAACUUGAUACUAAUGUUGUAUUAUGUCAAUUCAAAAACUAUAUGUAUUUCCCUUGUAUAUUUGUUUAAA